AUGGCUUUUGGAUUAACCUCAAUUUUGAGGAUUCACUUUCCAUUUAAUGAACUUCCGAAGCCGAAGCUUUACCUUGUACCAUUUUUCAAAUGGGGUUUUAAGAAGUGCUUGCAAUUAUUUAUGCCAUACAGAUGGUCACCUACGAAACAACCACCAACACAACAACAGCAACAGAACAACCAUCAACGUUAA